AUGGCGACUUUAACCUCUUUACCAACCGAGAUUCUCUGUCAGAUCGCCGAGCAUGUCGACUGUCAGGAUCUUAUGAAGAUGCGUCUCGUUUGCAAGUCGCUUCAUAGUGCUGCGAACAAACCUUUCGGCAUCACGUACUUUACCAUUCGCCGUCAUGUCCUCUCCAUGGAGAGUAUCGAGGCUCUGCUUGAGAUUGUGUCCCACCCUGGCCUGGGUCCAUACGUCUGCUCGAUUGCCAUGACCGCCAUGUAUCCUCUACCGCUUGGUCCCCGCAGCCCAUAUCAUCAAGAAUGGGAAAUAGCAGACGACUGUCUCAAACAUGUAUUCGUCAACUCACGCUCCUACACGCGUUUGAUGAAGCAAGUGUUCGACAAGCUCUCCAAGCUCCAAACUUCCGUUCACAUCGAGAUUUGCGACACUCAGUCUGGGUUUGGCUGGAAUGAAAUGAUGAACCACCCUCCCUUACGUUUCCGCCGCUGUCACGUCGAAACACUUGACCAAACACUUCUUGCUGCAAUUAGAGCCAACUGCCAGAUCCGCUCUCUCGAGUUGGAGAUGUAUCAAUACAGUUUCGAGGUCCUUCAUGAUGCACUGGAGGACCUUCUCAAUCCCUCUCGGCNNCCCCCCCUCAAACUGACUAUCCAUUGCGACCGCAAGCGUAAUCGAAAUCUCCACAGUCCUUACACGAUCGUCUAUGACCAAGCAGACAAAUCGUUGAAGCUCGAUGGCUGCGAUGUAUACGAGCUUGACAUGGCCAAAGAAGGAACCUGCAUCAAACUCCUGUUCCCCUUUCUGCUUUCUCAAACCACCAAGCUCAUCUUUGAAAACUGUCAUCUCUGCUCAGACAAAAGAUUCCGCGCGUUCCUUGCUUUGGGUGCCGAGACCCUCCACAACAACCUGACCAGUAUACGCAUGCAUACCUUUCGCCCAUGUCGCACAAGAGCAGACGCAAGACGCCAUUGGUCUGGGAUCCUCAAAUCCCUGUCUGAGCUUGCUGGCCUGAAGCACUUUGUGAUCGAAGGACUUCGCGGUCCUUCUCGCUGGGUGUUGUUUCAUCUACCAUCCGGCACCGAGAAGUACGAGGUCAGUGGUGGGGAUGUGGCAGAGCAGCUGGAGGCCUUUGCUUCUCUUUUANCUACGGAGCCUACUCACCAAGAUCAAGUUACAAAUGUCUUGCUUCACGACCGCCAUAUCUCUUUUCUUUCUUUUGUUUUCAUUGAGCACGGUUCAGCGCGGCUGUUCCAGAAGAUUGCGUUCCUCCAGCAUGAGAGAGCAUGGGCAAGAAACUGA